GCAGUGACCAGCUUGGUAACCCUCCCGCUGUGUCCUGGUGAACUUCUUGCUGAUACCCUUCCCCUUACGUCGAGCUGGAAUGUAAUAAAGAAAAAAAGUUUGACAAACACACACACACACAGGCAGGUUUUAUGUGAACAACUAAAAGCGUCAGUCAGAGCCGGGGGCCGAGCCGAGUACACCAGAUUAUGUUAAGUACUGUUGUUAAUCUCUUAGUUCAAUACUCCUCCCACUCUCGGCUCUCCUGCCUGCUGGUAUACCCACUAUCUCUCUGUCUCUCAUUUGGUGCUGGUGACCUACGUAGACCUCUAUCUACUCGCCUUGUCAUUUGAUCCCCAUGCACCUGACCUCUGGAUGACCUUCUGUGGCGUGUAAUCUGGGUUGAUCUUAACCUAUGAUUGUGUCUUCAAUGGCCGAUCUACUACAACUACUAACCCUGGUGACCUUCGCAUGACCUCGAUCAACGGGUGAACUCCACGUGCCCUUGUGACCUCUUUGACGACCCUAUAUCUGACCUCCUGGCUCUCGGGGAACGAUGGGUAAUACCGAAAGCAGUGUGACGUCAGGAGUGAAGGCUCAGGCCAAUUCUGUGGUUGAGAUCUACAGUCUGGUCGACCUCAAUGGCGGCGGGGAGCUGGUAGAACUGAUGAAGAAGGCCAACAAGAGUAAGGAGUACAGCGAACUGGACGAGACGAUACGCUCUAAGAUCCCCAAGUACGUCUAUAACGGUGGCGACGGCAAGUGUCUCCCCAUUCAUCGUCUGGUACUGAGACGGAACAAGGAAAGACCACCAAGUAAAGAGAUCAACCCGCCCAAGCAUCUGCCAGAUGAGGACUCCGUGGCCGGCAAGUACCUCCCCGGCAGAAUGGAACCAGACCGGACCACGGAUCUCACCAGCUACCGCUACGCGUGCUGGGACCUAAAACACGUCGGGGCUGUAGGAGAGUCAGUACUCCACCUGUGUGUACUCAACGCCACCUCCGUCCACAACGACUUGGCCAAACGCCUCAUACGGCACUUCCCCAACCUAAUCAACGACAUCUACCUGUGUGACGAGUACUACGGUGAAAACGUGCUGCAUAUCUCCAUCGUGAACGAGGACCCGGCCAUGGUCAAGUUCCUGCUCGACCAAGGGGCCAACUACCACGAGAGAUGCCUUGGUAACUUUAUGUGCCCCGAGGACCAGAAAACCUCCAGAGCUGACUCUCUGGACCAUGAGUGGGUCGACCUCUGCCUCCAAACCAACUUUGAGGGGUACGUGUACUGGGGGGAAUACCCGCUGAGCUUCGCUGCUUGUCUGGGCCAGGAGGAGUGUUACCGUCUCAUACUAGCUAAGGGAGCCAACCCAGACCUCCAGGACACCAACGGCAACACAGUCACCCACAUGAUGGUUAUCUACGACAAAAUGGAUAUGUUCGACAUGUGUUUCGAGGCAGGAGGGACCAUCAGCGUCAGAAACCGGCAGGGGCUUAUUCCGUUGACCCUGGCAGCCAUCCUCGCCCACAGGGACAUCUUCUUCCACAUCCUCAACAUAGAGAGAGAGAUCUACUGGCAGAUUGGUAACAUCACUUGCGCCGCCUACCCGCUCAAUUACCUGGACACCAUCAACGUGGAGACGGGAGAAACACAGACCAAGUCAGCUCUCAACCUCAUCGCUUAUGGGAACAAAGAGGCACAUCUUGACCUGAUGGAGGGCCCCAUCGUCGACCUGCUCAAGACUAAAUGGGAGACCUUCGUGAAGAACAGAUUCAACAACUUGUUCUACGUCUUCUUGGCUUAUUUCCUCAUCUCGAUGGGCGCCUAUGUGAACCGCCCCGUGCCCUGUGUGAGUUCCUGGCCUGGAAGUGUCGUCAAGCCCCUCUCCAUCAUGAAGCUUCCUGCCCUCAACAUUAUCUGCGUCGACGUUGCCGUCAAAGUACACCCGGGCGUGAUCAUCCAGGACUCCGGGAUAACCACGGAUCCCACAUCGCUUAUCGACGUCCUCACUACACCGAGGAUCAACCGGUCAAGUGUGUUCGAAGUGGACCUUGACUCCUCCACCUCCACGUCGUCCUCCUAUAUGACCCUGGAGCCCGUGGGAGAGGACGAGGGGGAGGUUGAGCCACUGUUGGCGGUCGUGACGCAGGACCAAGGAGUGACGUCAGAUGAUGGUUUGACGUAUGAUGGUUUGACGUCAGAUGAUAGUGUGACGUCGGAUGAUGGUAUGACGUCGGAUGAUGGUGUGACUCCUUACCCCGACGACUACACUGUCACCGUCCAGUAUGUGGUGGACGGAGAGCAGGUAUCCGUGACCUUGUCCAGUGAGGUGAACGAUCUCCUCACCGCCUCCGUGACCUCUGACCCCUUGACCAGUGACCAGGUCAAUCACCUGCCUUUACUCUUCACCUGUUAUAACAAGACUCAUGAUCUGGAAUUGACGGCGAUGAACAAAACUUUCUUCAUCACCAAAAUUAUCAAGAGAUAUUGGCCGAACAAGCCCCCGAGUGCCAUGGCGGCAGUGAACCCGUACAUAUUGAACAUUACCACCAACGACACGGCUAAGGGCCCCUGCUACUGUGUCCUGUGGAGGGCCCCUGAGCCUAGGAAAGGUGAGAUGAAGAUCGGGGGAAUGUACUCGUCGGAGAUAUACUUCUACGUGAGGGUGGUGUGUGAGGGCCUGACCUUCCUUGGCUCUUUGGCUUACCUGAUCGGAGCUGCUAAUGAGGCCAGGUUCCAAGGUGGCAAGAUGUUCGUCGAGAACCUGAGCACUGUGCCCUCCCGCGUGUUGUUCCUGCUGGCGUGUACCAUGGUGAUGGUGAUGGCGGUGCUGAGGAUGCUUUGUAUGAGUGAGGCUGAGGACGUGGUGGCCAUCAUGGUCAUGUUGUGUACGGGGCCAUACUUCCUCUUCUUCUGCAGAGGAUUUAAGACGGUGGGUCCUUUCGUCACCAUGAUCUACACUAUGUUGGUGGGCGAUCUGCUCAGGUUCGUCACCAUUUACUUCGUCUUCAUCAUGGGUUUCUCGCAAGCUUACUACAUCAUCUUCAGCUCCUUCCAAGACAUCGAGGACAGACCCAUGUGUGUUCAUAAUCCCAUGCCCACGGCAUCCGAGAGUAUAAUGCUGAUGUUUAUAAUGUCGCUGGGAAACUUCGGCGACGUGUACAACGCCCUCGAGUGUACCGACCACGAGAUAUCUGGCAAGGUGUUGUUUAUGAUCUUCAUGGCCAUCGUCUCGCUUUUACUCAUCAACUUACUCAUCGCCAUGAUGGGUAACACCUACGAACGAAUCGCUGAGAUGAAGAACGAGUGGAUGAGACAGUGGGCGAGGAUCGUGCUGGUGGUAGAACGAGGACUUAGCCCAGAGGAAAGACUAAAGCACCUUAUGACUUAUUCUCAGCCCAUGUCUGACGGCCGCCGCGCCCUCGUCUUGAGACUACACCAGAACGACGAGGAGCGGGAGGAGAUGAAGGACAUUCUGGAUAUGAAGAGGGUCCAUCAGAAGUAUGUUCUACGCCGUAAAAACCGCAAGAACCCUUUUGCAGAAUUCGAAGACCCCACCCCCACUGUCGUGAGGAAAGAGCCUCCCAAGAAAGUCUAAGAAAGUCUCCAGACGACUCCAUCCCCCAGAAAACUAACGAAGGAGCCUCCCAAGAAAUGUUAUAAAAAUUGCCUCAAGACGACCCCUCCCCGAGAUACCUGACGAAGAAGCCCUCCAAGAAGGUCUUAAGAAAGUUUCCAGACGACCCAUCCUCACCACAGACCCUGAUGAAUAAACCUCCCGAGAAAGUCUAAGAAUCUUAAGACGACCCCAUCUGAGGUCACGAAAAGGCCAUGGUAAGGAUAAAAUCUUCACUGAAAGAAAAUAAGGGAGAAGAUUGUGGUGAGGGUAAGGGACAAAUAGGUGACGACAGCAACGAAACAAGAAAACACAAACGUAUUAAUUUUUGUUAUGCUAUUUCUGCAGGAGACACAUCUAGAUUCAUCAUCAUUAUCCCGUCCAGAGAAGAAGACCAUAGAAGAUAUAUACUAAGAUUAACUAGGAAACUUAAGAACGUGAUCUGCCAUUGAUAAGAUACAAGGUACAGAACGUCCACAAUUUUUAGUGUUUUACUAAAUACAGUAAUAGUCAGAUGUUAUUCUUGGUAUGUAGGUCUUAUACAACUUUUAUGGGGUAUUUAUACUAACGUUAGACGAGUAAAAAUUUCGGUACUGUAGUAGAUAAAUUUUCAAAGAUACAGUAGUUACAGGAGUAGUAGUAGCUAGAGGGUAAACUGUUCUAGAGGUGUUUUAAACGAAGUCAAAUUAAAGAGAUAAGAUUUACUCUCGUCGUAGCCUUUGUAGUAAUAACCUUGCCUCAUAUAUUGUUCUUAAAGUUCUAUGUUACAGUGUCUAUAAAGCUCUUUGUUAUAUUGUUAUUAAGAUUAAAUUAUAAUGUUAAAAGAAAUAUAAAAGUAGAUUUUUCCCUUUUACUUCCUAUACGACUCGGCGCGGUAGUGGUGGAUAGGUGAAACUUUUUAUAGAAUGUCUAAACUCGUAGCCAUAUAUGCUUCCAUCACAUGCUUGAGGUUAUGUACUGUAUUUUGAAAGGAUUAUAACAUUUAUAUAUUAGUAUCUUGUGCAAACUAGCAAUCAAAGUAUACAUAAUUAUUUCAUAUAUACGAGUAUAUAUAUUCAUUCUUGAAAAAUAUGCUUUGGUAUGGCAGUAAUUGCUUCUUUAUUUAUCUAGAGCGAGUUUAAAAUACAUAAAGUAGUUGGAAACGUCUUAGACUUCUUGUAUUUUAAUGAGAACUUGAGGUAGGGUGGCAUUAGCUCCCCGCAGUACAGUAAGACUCGGGCGCUGGUAAUGAAUCAACAACCUUACAAAAGACAUUAUGGUGAAUUAUAGUGCAAGCCCCCUGUCAUAGGCCCCUGAACAUGACAGAAAUCCAUCAACCAUUCCAGGCUCUCAGUCUAGUUGCUGUCCUUGGAUAGUACAGUAGGGCCUCGUGUUAGGUUUGGAUCACUCUAGGCUUUGAUAAAUGUCUAACACCUAACUAUGCUAGAUGUUUUGUUAAGAGAGUGAUUGGAGAUGGUUGUUUAAAGACAUGUUAAAGAUUAUUAUAUCUGAUAUAUAUUAUCUCUCUCUCUCUCUCUCUCGAUUGCUGAAUGCUACAAAAUAUAAAACCAAAAGCUUUAAAUAAUUGUUUACACCAGAUGUAAGCUCGAUGAUUAUUA